AUGAGGGACGGCGACGCCAAGGUGGAGUACCGCGCGUGGAACCCGUUCCGCUCCAAGCUGGCGGCCGCCAUCCUGGGCGGCAUCGACCAGAUCCACAUCCGCCCYGGCGCCAGGGUGCUCUACCUGGGCGCCGCCUCCGGCACCACCGUGUCCCACGUGUCCGACAUCGUCGGCGCGGUGAGCGGCGCCUCGGGGACCUCCUGGUGGUCACGGGGACMUCCUKGUGGGACAACCAAUGGGGGGCCACCAGGAGGGCCCAUCCCGGGGUCCCCCCCGCGGCGGGGGACGCUGGGCACAUUGGGGUGUCCCCAGGCCAACUGCAUCGACUCGACGGCGGCGCCCGAGGCCGUCUUCGCCGCCGAGGUCAAGAAGAUGCAGCAGGAGAACAUGAGGCCCCAGGAGCAGCUCACGCUGGAGCCCUACGAGCGCGACCACGCCGUCGUGGUGGGCGUCUACAG